AAAGAACAGACUCCUUAUAUUCAUGGCGUAUGUUGAAUAGGAGUAUGUGAACAGGGAUAACCUCGAAAAUGCUCGAAAACGAAGUAAUACGACUGAAGAGAACGAGCAACAUUAAGUAACAUAAGUGUUAGCGAGACAUUGUGAAACUUUGACAAAAUAAUCAAGUUCAUGUGCGAUAAAUAUGGAAUUUGCCAAAAAUUUUGAUAAUGAGGCGAGUGCUUCGCAAAACGAUGACAUCGAACCCGAAGGGAAAGACACGUUGCUAACUUGCUUUAUUCCCGGAUACGAUACUUUCGAUAAUUACAUUCAGGAUGCUUUUGACGCGAUGAGAACUGGAAUCAAAGCAGCUAACAAUCUACCUGUUGGAGACAAUUUCAAUUACUAUGCUUGCUUUCCAAGCUUCAACGAUGCCAGGCAUAAGGAUAUAGAGAGAAUGCUGGCUACAAUGCAAAGCAUAAUCAAGAUAGCAGGAGGUUCUACUAAUAUUCAAACUCGGAACAUGGAUGAAAAAUUUGAUCUGUUAUUAGAAACAAACGACUACAUGUUAGAUCAAGCUAAUAUAUUAAUGGAUGAAGAAAGUGGUAUUCUACGAAAUCCCCAAGUAGAAUUGGUCGUAUCGCAAAUGCCAAAACCAGUUGUGAAUGGUACUUGGAAUAUAAAGACAAAUCAUACUGACCAAGGAUUAGAUGGUUCCGAAAAAGUACGAUUAUUAGGUGGAAAAAAUAUACAAAGACCACAAUUGAUGUUUAAGGAUAAAAUUGACAAUAGUCCAAAACCAUGGAUGCCUCGAAUCAAAGAGAAGCCAAAUUCCCUAAAACCAUUAGUUCUCUAUGUCGAAGAAGGAGAACAUGGCGAGGUUUUCAAUCAUCCUUAUGAAUUUGAAUUGGAUAAGUUUGAAACGCCCGAAUAUCAAUUGAAGAAGAGAGUACCUGUAAAAUAUAAAUCAUUAGACGAUACUAAAUUCACUUUCAUCGACAAGCCUUCCGAUAUCAAAAUUCUUUUAGAGGAUCUGAAAAAUCAUAAAGAAAUAGCUGUAGAUUUGGAGCAUCAUUCUUAUAGAACAUUUCAAGGCAUAACUUGUCUAAUGCAAAUAUCGACAGUUAACACUGAUUAUUUAAUCGAUACUUUGACUUUGCGAUCAGAAUUAUAUCAACUCAAUGAAAUUUUUACAAAACCUUCUAUCUUGAAGGUCUUUCACGGUGCCGACAUGGAUAUUCUGUGGCUUCAAAGAGACUUGUCGCUCUAUGUAGUUAAUAUGUUUGACACCCAUCAAGCUGCAAAGCAACUCAACCUGCCUUAUCUUAGUUUGGCUUAUUUAUUAAACAAAUAUUGCAAUAUAACAUCCAAUAAACAUUUUCAAUUGGCCGACUGGCGUAUAAGGCCUUUACCAUUAGAAUUGAUGAAAUAUGCAAGAGAAGACACGCACUAUUUACUUUACAUAAAGGAUGUGCUGAAAAAUGAAUUGAUCGAUGCAGCUAAUGGUAAGAGUAAUAUCUUAAAGGCUGUAUAUGAUCAAAGCACUGACAUUUGCAAACGCACAUAUGUGAAACCUAUUUGGACGGAAGAAAGUUGUAUGAAUGUGUACAGAAAGAGCCAAAAAUCAUUCAAUAAUAAACAAAUGUACGCACUCUUGGAAUUGCACAGAUGGCGCGAUCUUACCGCGAGAGAGGAAGACGAUAGUAUCGGCUACGUAUUACCAAAUCAUAUGUUGCUGAAUAUAGCCGAGACUUUGCCACGCGAAAUGCAAGGUAUUUUGGCGUGCUGUAAUCCAAUCCCACCGUUAGUGCGACAAAACUUGCUGAAAAUACAUAAGAUAGUGUUGAAGGCUAGAGAGCAACCGCUCGUAAAGUCUAUUCCAGAGCAGGAUAUUCGGCAAAGGCCGACUCAACAAAAUCAUGUAGUGGACACAGGGGCUUCUUUAUAUAUACCACAUGAUGUACCGAGCGGUACAGAAGCUAGAGCAGAUUUGCCAUGUCUUUUGAAUAAGAAUAUCACGUCUGAUUCAUUAGAGGCCAAGACAAUGAAGCAUACUGUAACGAUAUUUGACACACCAGUUAUAUCACAGGAUGAAGAGAUAAAAAGCAAUGAAGAAAAAGAUAAAAAAAAGGCCAUAUUUAUAAGCCCAUUUAUGAGAUAUAAGUGUGUAAUACCAAUGAUAGUAGAUCAAGAAGCAAGAGACCGAGAAAUACAGCAAAAGAAAGAGAAACAGGAAAAAGGAGAGGAGAGUUCAACUGUAAAAAUCGCAGACAGUUAUAUAAAUGAGGCUGAGAUUAACGAGAGUAAGAAUAGAGUUUAUCAACAUUUUAAACAAGUAUCUCAACUAAAAAAUACAGAAGAGGUGACGUCGUCCAAGAAAAAGAAGAAAAAAUCUAAGCAUCUAGUCUUAAAUCAAAUGCAUGAUAGAAAAAGAAAGAGAGAAUCCGAUAUUGGAAAUGAGUAUCGUGAAAAGAACGACGACAAUGACUUUUCUAUACCGACACCGUGUUUAGAUAAUGAAACUAUGCAUAUGUCCAAGAAAGCAAAACGAAGAGCAAAACAAGAAGCAAUUCAAAAACAAAAGAUGCAAGAAAACUUUGUAGGAAAAAUUCAGAGUGAUAACAAUUCUGAAACGGUUAAAACAAUGAGAGCUAGAAAGAGAGGCGACAAAAAAACAAAUGAGAAAUUACUCAAGGAACAGGGUAUGUUACCAUCCGAAAAAUUCGAUUAUAAAUCAAUAGAUUUUAGUAGCUUUCAAGGUGGCAGUACGCAAAGUAGCGCAAAUCAAACACAAUUUCAACAAUCUCAACAAAAGAAAAAGGAGAGGCAUCGGAAAUGGAAGAAGCAAAAGCUGAAUAUAUAAUUUUGACGCGAUUUUUUCUUUUAUUUUUCCAAGUUAUUUUCAGAGAAAAGAGAAAUCUUGACAAUAUCGUAGAAAUUAUAUACACGAGUGUCGCAUUACUUCUAUACAUUCAGGUUUCCAUAUAUUUACAAUAUAUCAAUUAUUAUGUUACUUUAA